ACGAUCGCCGGGAGGUGAUGGCGGUGAAGGAAAGGAGGAGGAACGGUAAUAACGGCACUGAGUGAAAGUGGUAAUGACUAUUAAUAGUUAAAUAGUACGCGCGAAGAGGGACGAAAACUGCCGUCCCGACCGCGAAAUCUCGCCAACGUGAAUUUCAGACUCUCGGGAAGCGCAUCGAUAGAUGCGUGGAAACCCGAUAAGGAAUAUAUACACGAAGAAAUUUCAGAAAGUACCCGGUUUCUCCAACUUGAAAAGCAGAUGGAAAACUCACAAAGACACCUAAUGUACAAAAUAUUUCUCUCCAAGAAGACCAAUGCGAGGCUCAAACUAUCGCCUUUGCUAACGUAAAUCACUGAAACCCGUCGAGCGUAGAAGGAAAGCUCCGCGUUGAAACGGCGAUCUCGCGCGGAAAUUACACGCAUCGAGAGAUUCCGCGGGGAAAGACAGGAACGGAUUACGGUAAAAAGUGAUUCGCACGGUGAUAAUUUCUAUUUAAAUAAUUACGCGCGCGCGUGAGUACAAGCGGCGGCUGUGUUUCCUUCCUUCCUGAAUAAACGCUCGAAAUAGUACGGACGCUCUCUGAUAAAUGUUGCUCAACAUUGUGUCGCCGCGCUAAAUACAUCAAUGACAAGCGGCGUGAAUUGUCGACGGGCCGCUGCUACACAGCGGAAGAUUCAGCCCCGCCACCUGCGAAAUCGUCGCGACGUGAGAGAGCCGGUGCUAUUACAUCUAAACAUGGAGUUGACACGAUUGCCUUCGAUACCGUUGGCUUUGGCUUUGGCCCUGGCCUUCCUUUCGACGGCACGCCGUUGCGUCGACGCCUCGGAAAGUAUAAUAGGAAGCAGAGAGACCUGUGACGUCGAGGGCGAAGACUUCACCGUCGACAAAAAAAUCCCAAAUACGAGGUGCUUCAACUGCAUUUGUAAGAACGGAUUCGUGGAAUGUGUGAAGCAACAGUGCCCGAGCAUCGAAGGCUGCUAUACGUUGCUGGAUCCGCCCGACAACGAGUGCUGCCACAGGUGCACAGGAUGCAUGCGGGAUGGCUACUAUCACGAAUCGGACACGACGUGGACGGAUAAGAAGGAUCCGUGCCGGGUAUUCACCUGCAAAUCGGGCAUCAUCACCGAAUCAAAGCUACGAUGUUACACGCCCUGCUCAAACCCGACACCGGCCGCACCUGGCCAAUGCUGCCCGGUCUGCGCAGGAUGCUUGGUGAACGGGCAGAAAGUCACGGCGGAGAGAUCGGUGACAACGACGGAGGACCCCUGUGUAACCUGCGAGUGCAAUAACGGACAGCUCACCUGCGCGAAGCAAGCGUGCCCGACGCUCAAUUGUCCUGCUUCGAAGAUCAUUCACGCUCCCGGUGAAUGCUGCCCGCACUGCCGAGGUAGCAGAAGAUUCCUACAACCUCCGAAAGGCGCGUGCAUGGUCGGCACGAUGCUGUACACAUCGGGGAAACAGUUCUACGCGGAUCACUGCACACCGUGCACCUGCAUCAAUUCGACGGUCUCGUGCGUCAAGGAGACCUGUCCGGUGCUGGAGUGCCCGAGGGAGUACCAGACAGCCGGUCGCUGUUGCCCGCAAUGCCCGAUCAUCGAGGAGAGCAGAUCCUCCUGCGUUUACAACGGAAAAGUUCGCGAGGAUGGCGAAACUUGGAAGCUUGAUUCCUGCAAGACGUGCGCCUGCAGUCAGGGCAAGGUGCGCUGCGCGAGGCUCAUGUGCCCGCCGAUAAACGAACCUUGCCCGCCGAACACGAAACUGGAGCGUCCGAAGGAUCAGUGCUGCGCGCGAUGCGUCGAGAGCGACGGAGUCUGCAGGGUUUUCGGAGAUCCGCACUAUCGCACCUUCGACGGCAAAUUCUACACCUUCAAGGGACCGUGCAAGUAUCAGCUGGUCAAUGAUUGCGUGGGCCGCACUUUCAGUAUACGCGUGACCAACGACGCCAGAUCGACCAAAUCGUCAGCGUGGACCAAAACUAUCGCCAUCAAGGUCGGAGACUUGAAAGUGAAUCUUGGCCAGAGAAUGAGAGUGAAGGUGAACGGGAAGAAGGUGGACGUUCCUUAUGCCGUCGCGAACCGACUAGACAUCAACCGAACGACCGACAGCAUAAUCGUGAACACGCAAAUCGGGAUCAAGGUACUCUGGGACGGUAUUAGCUACCUCGAGGUGUCGGCACCCUCGUCGUACAGGGGACGUCUGUGCGGCCUCUGCGGUAACUUCAAUUCCAACGCGAAAGACGACUUUACCACGCGACGAGGCCGACUGCUGACGGACGUGCAGCAGUUUGGCCAAUCUUGGACCGUGGGCGCGAGAAAGGCAUGCGUUCGAGCGAGACCCGGAAACGUCGACGGAAAGGAGGGACGUUGCAAAGGAAGGAAGGACCAUCGACUGUGCAACCGGCUGAGGUCGCAAAUCUUUGACGCCUGCCACAAGAAGGUGAACCCUAUGAUGUACUACAAGGCCUGCCUUCAGGACAUGUGCGAGUGUCCGACCGAGCAUUGCUUCUGCGAAUCUUUCGUGGCAUAUGUGCACGAAUGCCAGCGGCUUGGUAUCCAAUUGCCACACUGGCGGAAGGCUACCAAGUGUCGGACUGUCUGGGAGCAACCGGCGAGUCUCGUUCGCCGCUUACACUAAUCGCGUAUGUUCGUCGCCGCGUACGCUCUACGAACUCUAUCCCGAGGAAUACACCGGCAAUUCUGGUGUACGAUUGGAGAGAAAGAGAGAAAGAAUUAUCCCCCCCCCCCUUUCCCUAAUGGAAAUGAGAAGAACGACAGCUGCGAAGCGUCCGCAUUUUACAGUUUCGCAAAGGAAUAUUCUCGUAUCGAGUACCCGCUUGGAUCGUCGCGCGGAGAAACGCGGAUAACAGUGACGCUCUUCCGCGACGCCUCGCGUGCGUGCAUGCCGCGACGGAUUAAUUCGGAACGUAUUCAUAAAUGCUUAUUUAUUCGUAGAGCGACGUUAAUGCACGUGGUGCUUAUAAGUCCCCGCCGUCUAUAAUGAGAAACGAGAAUCGACUAUUAAUGCGGGUGAAAACGUAGCGUAUUCCGCGGCUGCAAAUGAAUGCGACCGAACGUUGUAUUAUGACGCGCGUGACAAUGACCAAGCAUAAAAUAAUCAAUAUUUUCACGACUGAAGCCGUGAACUUUUACUCUUCAACGUUUUACGCGGUGUAUCGUCUUUCUCAAUCUCUCUAUCUUUCCUUUUCCUUCCCGUCUUUCUUUGCAAGCCCUCUCUUUCUCUCUCUUUCUGCUUGCGGGAGCACACGGACGCGGCGGAGUGCUCGGCGAGAAUCUACUAGUCACCACUUCGUAUCAAUAUGCAUUAACGAUGAGUUCCUGUGCCCCCGUGUUAGUAACGUCGAGUAGCGACUAGGGAUACACUCGAGGCAGAGUAUAAGAAUUUUUUUCACGUGAACUGACGAUGGAAAAAAUUACAAAUUUUAGAAGAGCCGAACUGCAGAAAUCUUGCCAGUUUCGAAAUUAUGACUUUCCAAGAAAAAGGAAGAAUUUAACAUCUAACUUGUUUCGUCUCUUAGCUCGAGAAUCUCUCUUUUAUAAACGAGAGAUGCGCAUUUUUUUCACUUACCAACUUUAGUCACACUCUGACUCGAGUAACUCUAGUAAUGACUGUCCGUCGACGCGGAGCUGCGAUUUCGCUCGUUCGCAACAGAAAUCUCACGCGGGUCACAGCAGCAUGUACGCAGCCAUGACGCCCGGAAAACAUGGAUCUCUGACGCUGUGUGUGAAUGUGUGUGUUUGUCAUGAAAUCCCGUAAAACAAGCAUCGUAUGUGCGAGAAUGAAACGGAAAAUGCGGUCGAUCUUGUGACACAAAAUGAAGCAAAGCGACGAUAGCUCGUAUUCGCGUCUCAUACCUAGCGAAUUCAAUGCGCGACUUCAUUCAGAAUCUUAUCUAAAUGUAAUGAUAUAUAUCAUUGCGGUGUUGUCGUGAAGCACAGAAUUAAUACGGCACAUUGCACAACGGAAUAUCUAAUAACCGAGUGCUGUCGUGAUUUAAUAAUUCUCAUCGGUAUUAGGGAGAGGUUGUUUACUUUUUAUCAUUGUAACGCUGCGUUAGGGAUUCUACUACAUUGUACUUCGCCGGGGCAUACGGUUACCCAAAUAAUAUAACUGCAACACAAUAAUAAUACUAAUAAUAAUAUUAAUAAUAGAGCCCUGUCGGACAUACCGAUUAUCGAUCGGUAUGCUCGAAAUCGCGAGAACGACUCUAUAAGUAGCAGAAAGUGGCGAUGCCUUGUAACGUUUCGGAGGAACCGUGCAGUAUUUCGGCCGAUGAGCAGGCUCGCGGCAUAGCAUAUACAUCCAAGUGCGUUAACGCGAUCAUACCACGUAUCGAUCGGUUUUAUACACACAUACAUUUGUAUAGAAAUAUAUAAUAUAUAAUAUAUGUUAUUAUAUUAUAUAUUAUAUAUAUUUAUUAAUAUUAUAUAUAUAGAUCCGCGGCUCUCUUUCCUGUAAUCUGUAAGAUCCGUAUAUCCACCGAAUCCACGCACAGUGCACGCGUAAAGCUCGCAUAUUUACUCGCGGCUUCUCGAAUCCGCAGAUUCGAAUCUCGACGAAUCAUCAGAUCCGCAGAUUUCAGGAUUUCGCGGAUUCCUCGUAUUUCUUAGAUCGAAUGUUUCAUUAAGCGUUCGGAUCUUCCUUACAUUACGCGGAUGAAGAAUAUCAAGGUCUGCGGAUCUAUGGUUCUUGCGAAUUCACUUUUACCGUGCCAUAAACCUUUCUUUUUUUAUCGGUCUCACAGAUUCUCGAAUCCGCAGACCAUACCCUCUCCCAAUUUCCACGGAUCUUUAGAUUUACAAAGCCCGCGGUUUACUAGACUCUUAUCUUUUCGUCAUAUAGGAUUAAGAGGGGGAACGUUUCCCCAUAUAUUCGAGAAGUGCGACGAAUACACUCUUUUUUAUUAUUAUAUAUAUAUAUUUACAUAGCGCGCGCGCGUAUAAAAAGUAGAUGUUUAUCCCAACCGUAGCGAAACGUUUGUAAUAACUUGUACAUAGGAAGAUACAAUAAUUAUUAACGUUAAGUGAGCACUAAUCAUGGUUUCUAAUAACGUGCGACGUUUUUAAUAGCUUUUCAUUGUUUCCUCUUUCAUUUCUUUUCGAUUUUAUCUUUCUAUUCUUUCUAUUUUAUCUUUUAU